AUGGACAUUCCUGCCAAUUCAUCUGUUAUGGGAACUAAAAAUAUCUGCUUACUUUUAGUUCUUGAUGAUUUUACUUGUCAUAAUAUUGUUUCUGAUAUGCUUCACAACCAAACUUAUCAAGUUUUGCAUGUUGGAAAAACAAUGGAUACUUUAAAUGCUGUUUGGGAGAGAAAGAGUAUAUUCAAUCUUGUUCUUACAAACAUCCAUAGGCUUAACACAAAUGGGGUUGAUAUUCUACAAAUCAUCAAGAACAAACUCAAUCUUCCUACCAUUUUUAUGUCACCUGAUGAUACAAGAUGUGAAAAUCAAGUACAAGAUUGUUGUGUUGGAGCAUAUGUAGUGAGUUUCUCAGAUACAAAAGAGAUGAACAAGUUUUGGCAAAUGGUGUUAGAGAAGGAGAAAGGUAGAAAAACAGUAGUUAAUCAAGAGGAGAAUGAUUCAAGAUUGCCUCAGAAUGUAACUGCAGAGACAAGUAGAGAGAACACAACAUCUGCUGAUACUGAUGUAGCGAUAAAGGCGCAUGAUCUGAAGGGUAAGCGAAAAGCUAAUAGUGAAGAAAAUAGAGACAUCGAAAAGAAACGAAGGGUUGUAUGGACUCCAAAGAUGCAUCAAAGUUUCUUGCAAGCUAUCCAGUACUUAGGCUAUGAAAAGGCUGUUCCUAAGAAAAUAGUUGAAAUUAUGAAUGAGCCUGGAUUGACUAGAGAACAUGUUGCCAGUCAUUUGCAGGUGUGUUUUCAUUUAUAUUACUAA